AAUAAAAGUAAUUGUGUUCUUUAUUAGAAAUUUUUAAUCUUUUGAUAAAUUACUGUCGAAAUUCAUUAAUACAAGUAACGAUCCCUAACUAAGUAAGUUUGCUUAGAUUCAUGAUUUCAAAUUCUUUAGUGAUUAGAAAAGUGCCAUCUUGAACAUAGUAUUGCACUCGACCCGCGCGGUCCCGGUCAGUUUCGUGCAUCCAAUAUGGCUGGUCGAGGUGGUUACGAAGAUUCAAGAGAUUAUGGAGGUGGAUAUAGAAGUGGCAGAAAGCCAUUACCAACAGAACCUCCUUAUACUGCAUUUGUGGGAAAUUUACCAAAUGGAAUUGUACAAGGAGAUGUUGAUAAAAUCUUCAAAAAACUUAAUGUUAAAGGAAUCAGAUUGGUUAAAGAUAAAGAAACUGAUAGGUUUAAGGGUUUUUGUUAUGUUGAAUUUGAAGAUUUAGCAGACUUAGAAGCUGCAUUGGAAAUGGAUGGAGCAGUAGAAGUAGAUAAAAGUGUUAUAAAAAUAGACGUAGCAGAGGGCAAGAGAAAUGACCGCGGUGGUUUCGAUAGGAGAGGGCGGAGUGGAGGUAGCAGUGGAGGCUUUAGAGGGAGAGAUGGAGGCCGUGGAGGAUAUGGUGAUGAUUUUGGAAGCAAAUCUAUGUAUUCUAGAGGUUAUGUAGGUCAAGGUCAGAGUCACGGUGGAAGACAAGGUAGUACAUGGGAUAUGAGAAGUAACCGGGGUAACUACAGUCAAUUUAAUGAUGAUACAGGAGGUGGAAGUCGAGAAUGGUCGCGUAACGCUUCAUCUAGAUCAUAUGGUAAUAGACCAGCUUCUCGUGGAACUGGAACUGAACGAAAACCAUUUCAUGAUGAACCAUUUCACAAAGAUCCACCUCCAGCUGAUACAACUGGAAGGAAACGUUUGGUAUUAGCACCAAGAACAAUUCAGGAUCCCAUAAAUGCAAUUGCAGAAUCAAGUAAAUCAAGUUCAAUUUAUGGUGGCGCAAAACCUCGGGAGGAAAAAAUUAAUACAGAUGACAAGUAAACAUAUUAUCAUUACUAGUUUCUGAUUCCCUAAAUUUCAGGGAAAGGAACUUUCCCAACAAAAACAUUUGGAAACCAAUACAAGAUCCCUUAGUUUCCUCAAAUGUAGUGGGAAGAAUCUCUUCAGAGAUGAGAAAUUGUAAUAAUUUUUAUUUACCCCUAAGGGGAGUCUUCCCCAUAAUGAUGAAAAGUGAUUUAAUGAGAUUCUUAAGUUCUACGUAUUUGGCAUUUUUAAUUAAGAAUAAAAUUUUUUCAUCUAGUGCCCUCUCUAUUUACACUAACUCUUUAGUUUAAAAAAAUGUAAUAAUAAAUUGGGAACUUAAAGUAAAAAUUGUGUGCACCAUGCAUGCUCGAGUAAUAUUGGUUAUGUGUAAUUAUAUGUAUAUACAUAUGACCAAUCGUAUCAUAUAUGUAUAUAUAUAUAUAUGUACACACGUGCGCGCACACACAGACUUGAAUUAUUUGUGUAUAUAUAUAUAUAUAUAUAUACACGCGAUAAUGAUGUGAUACGGAAAGUACAUUUUAAUGUUCACGUCAAUUUCAUGUUGGGUGUUGUAUCAGUUUAUAAUAAUAUUAAUGGUAUGUGUACAAACUAUUAUAAAUAUAUACUAUCACCAUACAUA